CAUAAUAAGUCUGGGGAGGAAUUAAAACAAAGCACAGAGAGGCAGGGACGGAAGAGAACAGGUAGAGUCAGUAAGAAGAACUUUUCAAUCUUACUUCACAGCUAAUUACCACCUCUUCACUUUGGUGCAAAUAAGUAAACAGAAAGUAAAAGAGAAAAGCAGAAAGCAACACACAAACAGAAAGGGCAGCUAAAGGCAGCGGAGAAAAAGCAGAAGUAACACGAAGAAGGAGGGAGGGGGCAGUUAAAAAGUCGUGUUCAGGAGAUUAAUUGAAGAAAAAGAAAGAAAAAAGGAGCAGCAAGGAGGAAAAGUAAGAACCUGCAGAAACUCAUUGACAGAGAGGACCGGACUUAACUCCAUGGACUACUGACAUCAGCACAACAAAGGAAGAAGAGCGUCAGAAAAGAGGUCACUGUGGUGCAGCAGCAGUUAGCUUCGCUGAGUGUGCCUACUAUGCAGCUGAGAUAGACAGACCUCAAGCACAGACACUUCUCAGUUCAUAAAAACUAACUCAGUACCAUGUUGAUGAAAGAGUACCGCAUAUGCAUGCCACUGACUGUGGAUGAGUAUAGGAUUGGGCAGCUGUACAUGAUCAGUAAGCACAGCUGUGAACAGAGUGGUGGAGGAGAAGGGGUGGAGGUGGUGAGGAACGAGUCCGAUAUUCACCCUCAGCACGGCCAAGGACAGAUGACCGAGAAGCGAAUCUACCUCAGCAGUAAACUGCCGUCCUGGGCAAAAGCGUUCGUCCCGCGAUUUUUCUUUGUGACAGAAAAGGCCUGGAACUUCUACCCAUAUACCAUCACAGGUACUUGUGUAUCAUUUCUCCCCAAGUUCAGCAUCCGUAUUGAGACAAGAUUUGAGAACAACAACGGUGAUAACGACAAUGUGUUUGGGGAUACACCAACCCCAGCAGAGAAUGUGAGUUUACUGGAUAUCCUGAGUGACCCCAUUCCUGAAAAGCACUACAAAGAGUCAGAGGACCUGAGUCGCUGGCAGUCAAGUAAAACUGGCCGAGGGCCUCUGGAGAAAGACUGGAGAGACGACCACAAGCCCAUUAUGUGUUCCUACAAGCGGGUGCAAUGCAGCUUUGAGGUCUACGGCUUUCAGACCAGGACAGAGGAGUUUAUACACAGAAACAUCCGAGACAUUCUUCUGGUUGGCCACAGGCAAGCAGUUGCAUGGAUAGAUGAGUGGCACGGGCUGAGUUUGGAUGAGGUGAGAGAGUAUGAGCGGAAGAUGCAAGAGACGACCAACAGCAAAGUCAAAUCAAGCCAGAACAACACAGGCCCACCGGCUGCCUCUCGUCCUGUGUUCUCACGCUCCAUCUCAGUGACAGACGAGCGUUCCCUGAAGAAGAUGGGAGUGACGACUGCGGCCAUGUCUGACCCUUCAGACUCCUCUGUGCCACACAGUCCAAUGCGACUCAACUCCACUCCUGAAUGAUGCAUCUCACACACAUGCACACACUCACACACACACACACAUCUACUGUACUGUGCAUACACAGAGAAACCUGUGUGAUGUUAUUUCUCCAACACAACCACAGGCUGAACAUAAUCACAUUAUAGAGGUUACUUGUUCUCCCCAUUGUACAACAUACACAUUAAUACUGCACAAACACCAUGUGCCUACUCAAAGACAAUUUCUACUGUCCACCGUGUCUUCAACAGCCUUUACAUGCAGUGCAUUUCAGAGUUUACUCUCCAUUCCUCAG